AUGGCUCAAUUUAAAAUUUCAUUUUCUAGGUUCAAUUUGCUUUCUCUUUUGCUAAUCAAUGUGUAUGUUUCUGGGGUUUUCUCCUUAAGUCUUGAUGGAAAUGAUCAGUACAUUUCAGCUGUUGGGGAUCCAGGGAUGCGACGCGACGGACUAAGAGUGGCCAUAGAGGCAUGGAAUCAAUGCAAUGAGGUUGGAGAGGAAGCCCCCAAAAUGGGAAGCCCAAGAGCUGCUGAUUGCUUUGAUGUUCAAAACAAAGGCUCUUCUCAGCAACAACAGAAUCCAAACAGGCUGCUACAUAAAUUGACUGAGGAAGAUAACAAGUUAGGCAUAGGAAAAUCAUUUCCAGGACUGACGAAACCCGCGUUGCACAAUGUAGACCUUUAUGCAGCAGAGAAAGAACUAUACUUAGGAUCAAAAUGUCAAGUUGAUGACAAGACAAAUCCAUGGCAAUUCUGGAUGAUCAGGCUUAAGAGUGGUAACAUGGAUACUCAUGCUGGUAAAUGCCCGAAAAACGGACACAAAGUAGGUCCAUUCGAUCCUCCUAGCGAAUUUCCAUGUUUUGGGAAAGGAUGUAUGAAUCAGCCACUGAUUUACCACAAUUACACAACUUUACAAGGGACAACCCUUAAAGGGGGUUUUCAUGGAACAUGGGAUUUGAAUGCUAGUUCAAGCCGAGAUAGUGCAAACAUGAACACCUCUUUAUAUUCUAUACGAUGGCAGAAAGAACUAGGUAAAGGCUGGAUUUUUUAUCAUGUUUUAAGGACCUCAACAAAGUAUCCUUGGUUAAUGCUUUACUUGAGAUCAGAUGCCACUUCUGGUUUUUCUGGUGGAUAUCAUUAUCAAACUAGGGGCAUGUCAAAAAUUAUACCAGAAUCACCAAAUUUUAAGGUAAGAUUCAGAUUGAAUGUGAUACAAGGUGGAGGUCCUCAUAGCCAAUUUUAUCUGAUGGACAUGGGGAGUUGUUGGAAGAACAACGGAAAACCAUGUGAUGGAAAUGUGACUUCAGAUGUCACAAGAUACAGUGAGAUGAUCCUGAAUCCAGAAACACCAUCCUGGUGCAAACCAGAUGACCCUAAAUUGUGUCCUCCAUACCACACAUUUCCAAAUGGAACAAAAGUUCAUCGAACCGACAAAUCUCGUUAUCCCUAUGAGGCUUACCAUUUGCAUUGUACACCAGGGAAUGGGGAGCAUGUUGAACAGCCUAGUGGACCAUGUGAUCCUUACAGUAAUCCUCAACCUCAGGAGAUUUUGCAGAUUUUGCCACAUCCUGUUUGGGGUGAAUAUGGUUAUCCUACUAAGAAAGGACAAGGUUGGAUUGGUGAUCCAACAACUUGGGAGCUUGAUGUUGGGAGGAUGUCACAAUCCCUAUAUUUUUAUUAGGAUCCAGGCACUGCACCAGCUAGGAGGAAGUGGAGUUCAAUUGGUUUGGGAACUGAAAUAUUUAGAGAUGCUAAUCGAGUUGCAGAAUGGACUGUUGGUGAUUUUGACAUUCUUGUACCCAAGAAUUAGAAGUAUUAUAUGUAAAAACAAUAAAAUAAAAUAAAAUAAAAAAGAAUACCAAAAAGGGUGUGUUCGAAUUUGAGAAAUAGAAAAAAAAAUUCUCAUGAAUUAUUUUCUUUC